AUGUCGUUCCCUUUCCUCCUCUGCCCAUCCCUCUAUACCAUAUUCUACCUACUUUAUACCGUCCUUUCGCCUUAUUUCGACACAGAGCGCAAGAAGGCUUAUAUCCUAUCGUCAAUCUCAUCAUGUACUAUGACGAUAUUGUCUAUCCCUUUCUUCCUCAGCUAUCUCACCAAUGGAUUGAAAGAAACGUUCGAAGCUGGUCAAGAGGGAUGGAUGGGUCAGAUGGGCUGGUUUGGGGCUGUCUUCUUCGGUGUUUAUCUGUUUGGAUAUCUGAAAUACCCUUCGCAAGUGGGUUUGUUAACAGGAUGGAUCCAUCAUAUCGUCUACAUCGGUCUGAUGUUCUACGUCGUACAAACUCAGAUAACACCUAUCUUCCUCAUGGGCGCAGUGAUGGAACUUCCCACAUUCGAUCUCGCCAUAUCCAAUCUGUUCCCCGCUCUCCGAAACGACCUCCGAUUUCUGUCUUCCUUUUUCAUCUUUCGGAUCUUAUUCCACUCGAUAUACCUUAUCGACUGUGCCAGACCCUCUUCCAGAGCAUUCAUGGGUAAUAGCUGGGUGCCAACAGUAAUGCUGGGUUUGGCUUUGAUGAUGCAUCUAUCAUGGUUCAAAGGUGGUGUAACGGGAUAUAUCAAAAGACAGAAGAAGUCUAGUCACAAGAGGACGAUCAUGGUGGACGAAGACCCGAUUAUCGAAAUGGUAUCCACCGUCGAUUCUACCAUCUCUUCAGAUGUAUUACCAUCAUCAUCAUCUCCAUAUGAAUCACCUCUGGUCACUCCUCAUACAGCUUCACCAUCCCAGAUCCCAUUCUUCUUAUCCAACUUGAAUAUCCCCGCAAUCAAUCUACCAACUGGUAUAAUCGAUCUGAGAAGUCUCAAGGAGAAUGGAUCUGGAUUUAGGGAAGCGGUGAGAAAUCGAUGGGAUGAACAGAAAGAGAAGUUUACGAUGGGUAGAUUGGUUAGGAGGAAGUUGAGUGAAAGGGAAGAGGAGGGGAGGGUGGUGGUUAGAGAGGUGGUAGAGGUCGAUGAGUAG